ACAAGGGUUGUACACUCAAUGUCGUACAAUGGCAGAUCGUCUGAUGGUGCGAUCUUGGACACACCAUCUUCGCCAUUUCAACAAGAUGGCGGACGCAUUGGCAAACAUAGCCAUAGAUUCCAAGACAAGCAAGCAAGCGUUUGCAGCGGACGUACCUGACUUGCCCCAAAACUGGUCCUCGGUGGUCACAUUCCUACAAGGGGAUGUUGAUCACUGGAUAGACACACUGUGUGUCUAUGUGUCACACACAUCCGGAUACGGAGGCAAACUGCCGGGCCUCCACUGAAGAGGGCACACUGUAACAGUCGUGCAUAUGCUGGUGCUGCAUGUAACCAGCACGACUUAACUGCGUCGAAUGACGGGCAUUUGAUGGUCGUUAGGAAUACCACGCCCUCGUGGUUUCUUCGGUUCGAAUCUCAUCGCUAUCAGCAGUAUAUAACACGAUAAAAUCCGGUCAGUUUCUU